AUGCGGCCCCAGUUUCCGAAGGAAGUCGGUGAAUUGUUGAAAACCCCGGGGAGGCGCGGCCCCAUUUAUUCCAUCUGUGAGGCCCGGCCCGGGAGGGGGUGGGGAGAGAGCCGGGACGGCGCGCGGGGGCUUCCCUCCCCAGAGCCUCACCAAGACCUUCCCCGUCACAAAAGACAGCCCGUUACCCCUAGCAGAAAUGGUUCAUUGAUUCGAGGAAGUGGCUGGACCUUGUUCAUGCCUCUGCAGAGGCAUGGAUGGAGUCAAGGCAAGGGCCUGGGCAAGAAAGAAGAUGGCAUUGCCCAGGCCAUCAAAGUGAAGUUGAAGCAGGACAAUGCUGGGGUGGGACAUGACCCUUCCAAGGAGUUCACUUAUCACUGGUGGAGCCAACUCUUCAACAAGACAGCUGCCAGCUUGGUGGUGGAGACUGGGAAGGAUGGAGUAAAGAUGAAGGCCCAGGCCAAGGAUACCAGCAAGCAGAAACGCUCUUCAGGCUCCAAGUCCAGCCUGUUGUAUGGACACUUCAUUAAGAGUGCCACUCUGACUUCAGGAGGGGAGCAAGUGGAGAAACUGAGGGAACAAAGCAGCGAAGAUGAAGUGCCUCCACCAGCAAAGAUCUUGACAGAUGAAGAGUUGAUUCGAGCCUGCGAGGGACACACUGCCCACAAGGGUGCCCGUCAUGGGCUUACCAUGAGCAAGCUGGCACGACUGGAAGAGCAGGAACGAGCCUUCCUGGCCCAGUAUAAAGGCCAGAAUACAGGUGUCCCUGACACCCCAGCUGAGGACAUAACCCAGAAGAAGAAAAAGAAAAGUCAGGAAGAAACUUCAACCACAGACAGAAGUGAGCAUAUGGAGAUCAUAGAACAGACCAAAGACAGUAGCAGGAAGAAGAAGAAAAAGAGACAACAGGAAGAAGAACCAGAAGAUGAGGCUGGAGAUCAAGUAGAGAGGGAAAAAGAAGAAGAAAGCAAAGCCCAGAAAACUAAAAAGAAGAAAAAAAAGGGAUUGCUAGAGGCAUAG